AUGGCAACAGUGAACAGGACCUACAAUACCUGCCAGCCUGCCGACCUAGACCGUCUCAACAUAGUCCACGUGGCAGGGACAAAAGGAAAAGGUAGCACCUGCGCCUUCGUAGAUUCCAUCCUCUCCCAGUACCGACGCAGCAAGUCCACGCCUGGCAAGACCGGGCUCUUCAUCUCGCCUCAUCUCAUUGCCGUCCGGGAACGCAUCAGAAUCAACUCGGCACCCAUCUCAGAAGAUCUCUUCACCAGGUACUUUUUCCAGGUAUGGGAUCGCCUUGGCGAGUCCAACGCAUGCCCCGAAGACGCAGUUUCCGGCUCGCGGCCCCUGUACGCGCGGUACCUCACGCUCAUGAGCUGGCAUGCCUUCUUGCAAGAAGGUGUUGACUGUGCGGUGUACGAGACGGGCAUAGGAGGGGAGUUUGACGCUACCAACAUUAUCGAGCGGCCCGUGGCUUCGGGAAUAAGCACGCUCGGUAUCGACCAUGUUUUCGUGCUCGGGGAUACCGUGGACAAGAUUGCCUGGCACAAGGCGGGCAUCAUGAAGACGGGGAGUCCGGCUUUCACGGUUGAGCAGGUCCCCUCUGCGGCAGAGGUCUUGCAAACCCGAGCCAAGGACAAGGGCGUGGAUUUGAAAGUGCUGAGUGUUGACAAGAGGUUGGCCGGGGUCAAGAUUCGACCAGAUGCCUUGUUUCAGAAGAAGAACGCUACACUGGCAAUUGCUCUCGCAGAAUCAGCAUUGCGGAGGCUGGGCGUCCAAGUCGGAGACAAUGAAACGUCAUUACCCAAGGAAUUCACCGACGGCUUGGAAGAGACGGUGUUCCGCGGCCGGUGCGAAGUAAAAGACGAAGGAGGCGUAAAAUGUUCUGGCCCACGCAUCAUGAUAUUCAACCAGCAGGGCCGCACCGAAGCAGUCGACUUCCUCACACCCCUUCAAAAAGCAACAUCCCGUGGCUCUCUCCCGUCCUUUGACCACGCUGUCUUCUGCACAAACGUGACAUACGCCAAGACGGGAUACAAGCGGGACUUUGUUAACCGCGGCAUCGACCCCAAGGAGAUUGAGACGCUGUCCGUGCAGAAACGCUUUGCGGACAAGUGGAGCGAGCUUGACCCGGGUUCGAAGGUUGUUGUGAUACCUACCAUUGAGGAGGCGUUGGAUUAUGCGAGGCGUGUUGGCGAAGAGGAAGGCACCCAGGCGGUGGCAUAUGUUACGGGGAGUUUGCAUCUGGUUGGCGGUGCACUGGGGAUAUUGGAGAAGGCGGAUGCCUUGUGA